AUGAGGACAUACAAACUCAAAAUGAACCCUUUGAAGUAUGCAUUUGGGGUAUCUGCUGGAAAUUUUUUAGACUUUUUAGUACAUCACAAAGGAAUAGAAGUGGAUGCUAAUAAAGCCAAAGCCAUUUUGGGGGCAAGACCUCCAGCCAACAAGAAAGAGUUGCAAAGUUUUCUUGGAAAAGUAAAUUUUUUGAGGAGAUUCAUAGCUAAUUUGGCUAAGAAAACUUUAGCAUUCUCUCAUUUAGUGAAAAUUAAGUCAGACCAUGAGUUUAAAUGGGAAGUGUGCCAUCAAGAAGCUUUUGACUUGCUCAAAAAAUACUUGACAAACCCUCCAGUGCUUAUGCCACCAAUGGCAGGAAAGCCUUUGAAAUUGUAUAUAUCAGCUUCUGACCUAUCAAUUGGUUGUUUAUUGGCUCAAGAAAAUGAUAUGGGUCGUGAACAAGCCAUUUACUACGUAAGUAGAAAGUUAAAUGAUGAAACUAGAUAUAAUUCUGUUGAGAAAUUGUAUUUGGCACUUUAUUUUGCAGCCAUUAAAUUGAGGCAUUAUUUGCUGCCAACAGAAGUAUUUAUGAUAGCACAAACAGAUGUUAUUAAAUAUAUGUUGUCUAAACCAAUUUUAAGGGGGAGACAAGGUAAAUGGAUAUUAGCAUUAAUUGAGUAUUGUCUCAAAUAUAUGCCACAAAAAGCACUCAAGGGACAAGCUUUGGCUGACUUCUUGGUGGAACACCCUAGCACUUCUGUCGAUUUAGACCUAUAUGAGGUCAAUUUGGUGGAAAGUGAACCAUGGAAAUUGAUGUUUGAUGGUUCAAAAACAGAUGAAGGAGUUGGAGCAGGUAUUGUGUUGAUUGUACCAAAUAAGCAAAUGUAUCAAUUUGCAUAUCAGUUGAAAGCACAACAUGUACAGUCUUGUAAUCAAGCAGAAUAUGAAGCCUUGAUAAUUGGCCUAGAAUUGGCCAUAGAAUUCAGGAUUAGAAGCCUCCAGGUUUUUGGACAUUCCCAGUUAGUUAUUAAACAAGUUUUGGGAGAGUUCAAAUGUGUCAGUGGUGCUCUGGAAGAGUAUUUAACUGAGGUUAAAUGGUUAACUAGUUUCUUUGACCAUAUCACAUUCACACAUAGGUUUAGACUGGAGAAUAAUGAGGCUAAUGAGAUAGCUCAAGCAGCUUCUGAACUAAAAAUACAUAAAGGAGCUCAGAAAAGGGUGAUUCGAAUUCAGAAAAGAAACUUUUCUGCACUUAAAAAUAGGUGUAAGAAUUUCCUACCGAUUCUCACUUUGGAUGUGACAGAAGAAGAUUGGAGAUUCCCUUUAAUAAAGUAUCUAUCGAAUCCCAGUGAAAAAAGCAGUAGGCAGGUGAGGUUUCAAGCCCUAAACUAUGUUAUCAUGGGAGAUGAUUUGUUUAGGAAGGCUCAUGAUGGUUUGACUCUGCUUUGUAUUGGUAAAUUAGACCAAAUGAAAGCUAUGGUUGAAGCACAUGAAGGAAUUUGUGGGGCCCAUCAAGCUAGUGAUAAAAUGAGAUGGCUGAUUAACAGAGGAUGGGCAAUGGAUUUAAUUGGGCAAAUUUUCCUAGCAUCUUCUAAAACACAUUCUUACUUAUUGGUUUGGUUUACCCCAACCUAUCAUGUCAAUCAAGGUACAGUGUUCAAUGGGGAUGAGAUUAAAGAGUUUGCCAAAGAAUACGGCAUUCAGAUAUUAAACUCUUCACCAUAUUAUGCCCAGGCAAAUGGACAAGCUGAGGCAACAAACAAGAUUGUCAAAAAUACUUUAGAGAAAAUGACUGAAGACAAUCCUAGAGAUUGGCAUAAUCUCUUGUCAGAAGUACUUUGGGCUUAUAGAAAUUCCAAAAGGAAUAGUACAGGUACAACUCCACAUGAGUUGGUUUAUGGACAUGAUGUUGUAUUACUGUAG